CAGGCCGUGCACUGUAAACUCCACCUUCAAGGCUCCGCGAAUAGGCGCUCACACUCACGGAAGCGGAGUGCUGGGUGUCGGUCUGUUUGCACUCCGGGGCUUCUUUUCUAUAGAAAUUGGACGAAAAAUAUAGUGAUAAUGUUUACCCUUUCAGAAUUCAUGGUUUUAGCCGUGUGUUCGGCCACAGCUUCUGGAUACUUUGUCACCAUAGAUGCUCAUGCCGAGGAGUGCUUCUUUGAACGGGUCAACUCAGGGACCAAGAUGGGCCUCAUGUUUGAGGUUGCAGAAGGAGACCUCCUGGACAUCGAUGUGGAGAUAACGGGACCUGAUGGAACGCAGAUUUAUAAGGGCGACCGGGAGUCCAGUGGAAAGUACUCAAUGGCCGCUCACAUGGAUGGGCUCUACAAGUUCUGCUUCAGCAACAAGAUGUCCACUAUGACCCCCAAGAUCGUCAAGUUCACCAUCGACAUCGGCAAGGCGCCCAAGGGAGACGGGAUGGAGACGGAAGGUGACGGUCACUCCUGGAAUCGUAGGUUGGAUGCUGCAUGAGGAUAAAGCUUUUCUCAUAUUUUCGCUCUGUGCAGAGUAUUUGCUGUGUUUAUAGUGAGAACGAAAUUUUGAAUCAACACGUUAUAUACCCACAGCAGAGAAAUGUGAUGAUAGAUCAGCGUAAUAUAAUAAGUAUGAAACAAUAAUUUUAUAAUUGGUCUCAGCUUGUUUUGAACAUUUCACUGUUUGUCCCAUGUAUGCUAUAUUAUCGAAUUGAUUAAGUGAAUUUUGAAGUUCACAGUGACAGUCAUUCUUUUUUGCAGCGUGAAAGUGUUAUACCCAAAAAUGUAAAUAUAAUGUGUGUCAAUAAAAUCAAAACUCUUGGCCAUAACAAUGAGUCAAUGGA